AUGGUAUUGUUCCACUCCUUGUUGCCCCUUUGUGGCUUACUGGCGACCUGUACUGCAUACGUUCCACUUCCUCCCUCCGACGAUGCAUUUUAUCAGCCACCAUAUCGAUACGAACUUGAGCGUCCUGAAAGUAUUCUACGCCCUCGGCAGCUUCCCAAACCUUUCGGAAUCAACGCAACCAUCGCAAAAACCCAUCAGCUCCUCUAUCGCUCGACGGACAGCCAAGGAAAACCAAACGCGGUCGUAACUACCGUGCUUGUGCCGCCUAAUGCACACCCGAACAAGCUGCUAUCUUUGCAGAAUGCAUACGACUCCGCUUUCAUCGAUUGCCCUCCCUCAUACCAGCUCUAUCAGCCUGAUUCGUUCAUUUACGAGCGCGAAAUCAUCGAACUUGCAUUACAAGAGGGCUGGUAUGUUUCUGUGCCGGACUUCGAAGGAUUUACAUCAGCUUUCACGAACGGUGUCCAGUCUGGCCAAGCCGUGCUCGACUCAUUGCGAGCUGUGCUGCGGUCCAGGAGCAUUACUGGUCUAUCCAGCAACGCUCGAAAAGUUAUGGCAGGAGGAUCUGGAGGUGCUCUCGGAAGUGAAUGGGCACUGGAGCUACAGGCCACAUACUCUCCGGAGCUGACCAUUGAGGGCACAUUGCUCACUGCGCUCACGCCGAACGUCAGCUCUGUCUUCGAGACAGUUGAAGGUACCAAUUCCUCAUCGGUAAUACCGUUGGCUAUGCUAGGGCUGUCCAAACAGUACCCCAACUUGUCACGAUGGAUCUCGGACAACCUACAACCACUCUCGGCUCCCGGCUUUCUCGAAGCCAACAAAGUCUGCGGUGCAAAUCUCCAACCCAUCUUCCAGACUCAACAAGUCUCCUCCAAGUAUUUUGGAAGACCGAACGCCUUUCUGGAUGCAACACCUCAGUCAGUCUUACAUAGCGUGGGAACAAUGGGUUUACAUGGCACACCUCGAAGCCCAAUCUUCUCUUGCAAAGGCGAGGCAGACGAGCUCUCGCCGAUUGCGGAUACUGAUGCCUUGAUAAAUAAGUAUUGUGACAAGGGAGUUACAGUUCAAUAUCUACGGGUGGCAAAAGCGGAUCAUGAGAUAGGAGGCGCAUACGGGUUUGUGGCAGGAUUUCCGUGGUUGAAGGACAGGCUCAACGGUGUUCGACUCCCGGCAGGAUGCAACAUUACAAACAUCACAUUACCGGCUGGGUUCCCUGCUUGA